ACUGUACUGUAUGCUAUAUUUUUACUCAGACAGUUUCAGGAAAAGUAUUUAGGAAAGAGAAAGAAUCUCUAUUUUGCCUUUGUAGAUUUAGAGAAAGCUUUUGAUAGAGUGCCACGUAAUGUUAUUUUGUGGGCUAUGAAAAAAUUAGGUGAGGAUGAGUGGCUAGUUACAAUGGUACAGUCUAUGUACAGCAAUGCUAGAAGUCGUGUCAGGAUUAACGAUUCACUUAGUGAUGAAUUUAGUGUAAAUGUUGGUGUACAUCAAGCUUCUGUAAUUAGUCCUUUGUUGUUUGUUCUAGUCUUAGAAGCGCUGUCGCUGGAGUUCAGAACAGGUUGUCCAUGGGAGUUAUUGUAUGCAGAUGAUUUGGUUCUCAUAGCAGAGUCGAUGGAAGAAUUAGUUAAAAAGUUUGAGAAGUGGAAGAAAGGACUAGAAGAGAAAGGGCUAAGGGUGAACACAGCAAAGUCUAAAGUCAUGAUUAGUAGCAUUGCAGCCAAGUGUAACCUUGUAGUUGGAAAGUGGCCUUGUGGAGUUUGCAAUAAAGGGGUUGGUAGUAACUCAAUUAUUUGUCAGACUUGCAAGCAUUGGGUACAUAAGAAGUGCAGUAGUAUUGGUGGAAGGUUAAGAGCUGACAUUCAGUUUCUAUGCAAGCAUUGCAAAGGUGAGAUUAUAGAGAAUGAAGUAUUUCCAGCUUCAAUGAUGUACAACAGUGGCUCGUUGGAGUUAGUUGAGAACUUCUGUUACUUAAGGUGAUAUGUUAUGCAGUGAAGGGGGUGUUGGAAGAAGUGUUACUUGCGGGAUAGGUUCUGCUUGGAAAAAAGUUCAGAGUUACUUCCUUUGUUGACUAGCAGAGUCUUGUCAAUUGAGUUAUAAGGUAGGUUAUAUGAGGCCUGUGUAAGAAGUGUUAUGUUGUACAAUAGUGAGACAUGGGCAGUGAAGCAGGAAGAUCUUAUCUGUUUAGAAAGGAAUGAUAUGAGAAUGGUUAGGUGGAUGUGUAACGCCAGUUUGAGAGACAGAAAGAGUUCAGAUGAGUUAAGAAGCAGGCUAAGUCUCCGUAGAAUUAAAGAUGUUAUCCAGAUAAGAAGAUUGGAUUGGCUGGGGCACUUGGAAAGAAUGGAGGGGGAUAAUUGGGUAAGAAAGUGUAGAGACUUGAUAGUUCCUGUGGCAGAGCCCAGAGGCAGACCAAGAAAGACUUGGCAGGAGGUUAUAAGGACAGACUUGAUACAGAGGAAGUUGAGUUUAGAUCUAACACAGUCUAGAUCAGAUUGGAAGAGGGUCAUUAAUAUACCCCGUCCAACCCAUGCUAGCAUGGAAAACGGACGUUAAGCCGAGAAUGAUGAUGAGACCGAGCUAAAGAGGUUAAGGUACAAGUCGUUUCUUUCGAGGUAACAAGUUCAAGGACGCGAUAUUUGUUAUACUCCGGCUUCUUCAUCAAGCUGCAAAUUGUUGGGUUAGUUUAGUAUAAUUAUUCUGUAAAUAUGCAAAUCUGAAACAAACUAAUUACAAGAUUAUAGCUAGCUAACAUAGAUUUCAAGGCAGCAUUUUCCUGAAGCCAGCUAGCUGUAGCUAGCCUUAUUUAUUCUUAUUAUUUUAAGGCUUGGUAUAUUAUUAUUUAUUUUUAUGUUGGGGUUGUGACUAUCUUCUAGCUAAAUGUAGCUAAAUGCAGUUUGGCUAGCUACAACAAAAUUCUUAAUCAAUAUUUCUAAAUGCAGUUAGUAGGUAGCAACAACUUUUAUUAGUGUCACGAAAACUUACUCCACAAAAUAGAAUUGCUGAGUGAUUUUUUUAGCUGGACGGGAUAACGAUAAAAAAGGUUGGCCAACUGUUUUUGCUAUAACAGGGUAGCAAAGAGUGAUAAACUGUGUUUUUAUUUCAGCUAAAGUUGUGAAAAGUUAUUUUUUGAAAAAUAUAUUACACUGGAAAGACCAUAAUGUUGUUUGCUUAUUUUUUUUUAUAUUUUGUAACUCAAUUGAUGACAUAUUAUACUAAAGCGCUUCACCUGAAUGUGCGGCACAGUUUACACUUCUUAUUAAUCGCUCUUCCAGGCGUUCAAGGCCAGGUAACACAGUUACUUGUGGCUUAACCCAGCAUUUCGACUCUGGGUUCCCCGGCUAGUCUAAAUAUUAUUACCACAUAACGGCGUUUUGGAUUUAGUCUCUAUUGCUAAUUCUAAACCAAUAAACGUAGUCUUAACCUUUUUUGUUUCUUUCACCUUCUUCAAUUUCUUUUUUCGUUUUUAAACUUGUAGGUUUCAACUUUAUGGUC